AUGUUACCGAAACUCUUCCAAUACUUGGCUGUGGUAGCAGCCCUACCAAUUGUCUCAACGACUGUAUCCUCAAAUAACAGCGAUGGAAACUUCACAAACCCUUCUGCUCAAGCUCGGCCAUUCUUCAGGUACUGGCUACCAGACGCUAGUGUUGAUCCAACAGUCGUAGCCUCUGAUAUCCGCUCCGCCGCGGACGUUGGCGCCGGAGGCAUCGAGUUCGUCGCUUACUUCGGGUACGGAGGUGAGAUUGGAGGAAGCCCGCCCGGGUCGGACUGGGUGACAUAUGGGUUCGGUAGUGCGCCGUUCCAGCAUCUGUUGCAGGUAGCUUUGGAAGCUGCUAAGGAGAAAGGCAUACUUGUGGAUGUUGCAUUAGGACCGAACCAAGGGCAGGGGGUGCCUGCGUCUUCGGAUGAUGAUGGGAUCCAAUGGGAUUUGGUGCCAUUCGUCCAAAGAGUACCAGCCAAUCAGACAAGUGUGCGUAUCCCAGGAUGGGGUGAAGGGGAAAUAGUCUCCUGUGUCCUUGCUUCGGUAAACAGGAAGACAAACGUGUCCCUAGCUGGUGAAUCUGGAACCUUCAGCGCCAUACCGCCGCAGGGUUCAUACCUCGAGUUGGUCCUAGACGAGACGUCCCUACAAGACAUGACACACGAUGUCUCGUCAGAUGGAAUCUUAGCAAUACCGUCGUCGUGCUCGUCACGCUAUCUCUAUAUGUUCUCGUUCUAUCAGAGGAGGAGCUUACAUAAAGCCCUCGAGGUAAGGUCUAACAGAACGGACACGAUCCUUGCCAAUGGCUCGUUUGUGGUGGACCAUUUCAGCAAGCAGGGAGCCAGAACAAUGAUCAAUUACUGGGAUAAUCAAAUCCUUACGGAGGAGAUACGAAAACUCCUAGGGGAUGUGGGAAACUAUGGCUGGGAGGACAGCAUGGAAUUUCGGUGCAACAUAUCUUGGACACCAAACUUGCCGAAUGCGUUCUACGACAAGUUUGGAUACUCCCUCGGGAAAUAUCUACCACUCCUCAUGUUCGGUCAGAACAAUAUAAUGGCGCAAGCCAGUAACCCUGGGUUGGUGAAGGCAGUCUUCAAGAAUUACCAUACCACCGAAAAACAUAUCAACGACUAUCGCUCCGUGCUAGCAGAUGGGUAUGGGAGUUACUUGGCCACGUUACGAGGCUGGCUGAACCAGGGUCUGGGACUCCAAUACUCAGCACAGGUCUCGUAUAACCUGCCUCUAGACGCAUUGACGAACGUUCCUUUGGUAGAUGCCCCGGAGUGCGAGAGCCUGCAGUGGAGAAACAAUAUCGACGGGUACCGACAGUUCACCGGUGCUGCAUAUCUAGCCGGGAAAAAUGUCGUAUCGAACGAGAUGGGAGCUUUUAUGUCCCGCGCAUACUCUCUGACAAUACCAGAGUUGCUGAACAGCGUGAACAAAGCUUUCGCGGGAGGUAUUAAUAGGGUCGUUCUGCAUGGCCAGCCGUAUAGUGGGGACUAUUACGGCACUACCUGGCCGGGAAGCACGCCCUUCCAAUAUUUAUUCGCCGAUAUGUAUUCCCCGAAGCAGCCUUCGUGGAUGCAUGGGUUUGAUGAGGCCAAGGGCUACAUAUCCAGGGUGCAGUUUAUACAGCGACAAGGAAUUCCGAGAUUUGAUGUAGCUUUUAUCAACAAAGAUUCCGCUACAGACCCCUAUUGGGCUGCAAAAUACAGCCAGGAUGACCUUCUUGACACUGGUUUUAUAUACACAUAUCUUUCUCCCGAUAACCUCGACUUCCCGAAAGCCUCUGUCGACAAUGGCAUGUUUGCUAUGCAGGGCCCUGCCAUCAAAGCAAUCGUCGUCACAUACGAUGCGAGUAUGACUGUAUCCGCUGUCCGGAGGCUAAAGGACUACGCUACGAAGGGAUUGCCCAUCAUUCUUUCCGGUGGUAGCGCAAAGUAUUACCCAACCUCCAAUGAUGGGGGAUUUGAGGCAUUUAGGGCAGGUCUUCAGGAACUGGCCAAUGCAACGAGUGUCCGGACCACAAGGAGUGGCGAUGUUGCGAAAGCUCUCGUCUCGCAUGGCGUCUCUCCUCGUGUCAGUGUCCAGACAAACGGUACGUGGCAUAUAACUUGGCGCGAGGACAAGGAAGCCCAAGUGGACUAUGCCUUCAUCUUUUGUGAUGGAGGUGGCUCUCAAGGUGAAAUCAGAGUCACAACCGACAAGAUCCCUUAUUCCUUCAAUGCCUGGACUGGAGAACGCCAACCACUAGUGCAGUACAAGGGUCGGGCUGGUGGCAUUCUCAUCCCCCUGACGCUGAAAGCCAACCAAACCACUAUACUAGCAUUCAGCACCCAACCCUUGGACGGCAUAUACACACCCUCUAUUCAUGUCGAGUCUGCUCCCAACUCAGUCCUUGGCUACCACCUUGACCACGAAGGUGGAGCCGUUGCCCAUCUGGCUCACACUGCCAACAAGACAGCUCACGAAUUAGUACUGUCCGACAACUCGACUAGAACCGUUCCAAACACAUCGGCUAUCUCAAGCUCAUUCCUGAUUCGAAACUGGACACUCACGGUAGAGCGCUGGGAAGCCCCUGGGAACAUGCAAAACGCCUCCAUGAUAGCAUCAGCCCGCAAUACAACGCACCAUCUUCCCUCUUUACUUUCAUGGACGGAGAUUCCCGGCCUCAUCAACGCCUCUGGAAUCGGGUAUUACAGGUCCCGAUUCACUUGGCAUGCCGACUACCAAAACCAGUUUGGAGCUUAUAUUACGUUCUCCCGUAUCCUCCACGCAGUUCAAGUCUUCGUAAACCGGAAAAAGAUCCCACCCAUCGACCCAACUACAGGAACUGCUGAUAUCGGAGCCUAUCUGCGGGAUGGCGAGAAUGAGCUGUUGGUUGUGGUUCCGACCACGAUGUGGAAUUAUCUAAAGAGCAUCUUCCCUAAGAUUACCGAGUCGGGCGCGCCUCCGUUGUUAAGUCGCUUAGCUGCCCUAGUUGGCUUGCCUAAUAUCGUUCCCAAUGGGUUGGUGGGUGAGGUUUCUAUUACGCCAUACUUGUCGUUUGCGCUUGAUAUAUAA